AUGUUUCUAAGAGCAGUCCUUUUCUGUGCUUUUAUAUCUGUAGUUGUGACAAAAUCUGUGAUUGUAGGCCAAGUUAGUGAAUACAAUGGCGUAAGAAGGGUUUAUGAGAAAACUAUAGAAAAAAACGCCAUACCUUUAUUUAAGCGUGAGGACGAAGUGCACUUUGAGUACCCAGUAGGCGAUCAGAAGAUUAAAGGUAUUGCUAUACAAGAUCUAGACAAUGGUCUGGCUGAGGCAUCCAUAACUCGUGGAGGGCUAGGAUUCGCUUUUGUGGACAUCAAGUUAAAAAGCGAAAGGGGAUCAGGUUAUAAAUAUGUUAUAGGAAUCUACGCC